AUGACAGAAAAGAAGAAAAGUGUAACAGUAUGUGGAUACCCACUGAGCAUCUUUUUUAUUGUGGUCAAUGAGUUCUGUGAGCGCUUCUCCUACUAUGGCAUGAGGUGAGCAUAGAAACCUGUGCUUGUUCUGUACUUCAAGUACUUUCUUAAGUGGGAUGAUGAUUUUGCCACUACUAUCUACCACACAUUUGUGGCCCUUUGUUACCUUACCCCCAUCUUUGGUGCCAUCAUAGCUGACUCAUGGCUGGGCAAAUUUAAGACCAUUAUUUACCUGUCCAUAGUCUAUGCUAUUGGACAGAUAAUUUUGGCUGUAAGUGCUAUUCAUGACAUCACAGAUACUAAUAGAGAUGGGGUGCCUGACAACAUGACCUUCCACAUUGCUCUGUCCAUGGUGGGGCUGUUGCUCAUUGCCUUGGGCACAGGGGGCAUUAAACCAUGUGUGGCUGCAUUUGGAGGUGACCAGUUCUCAGAUGAACAGGAAAAGCAGAGAAGUACAUUCUUUUCCAUCUUCUACCUCUCCAUCAAUGCAGGCAGUCUGCUGUCCACCAUCAUCACCCCCAUCCUCAGAGCUCAACAGUGUGGAAUUCACACCAAACAGCAAUGCUACCCUCUGGCCUUCGGGGUCCCUGCUGCCCUCAUGGUAGUCGCCUUAAUUGUAUUCAUCGUUGGAAGUGGUAUGUACAACAAGACAGAGCCUCAGGGAAAUAUCUUGGUGAAAGUUUGCAAGUGUGUUGGUUUUGCCAUCAAGAACCGCUUCAGACAUAGAGAUUCUAGAUUUCCCAAGAGAGAGCACUGGAUGGACUGGGCAGAGGAGAAGUACGAUAAACUCCUGAUUGCUCAGGUGAAGAUGGUGCUCAAAGUGCUCUUCCUGUUUAUCCCUCUGCCCAUGUUCUGGGCACUCUUUGACCAACAGGGAUCAAGAUGGACGCUUCAAGCCACAACCAUGAAUGGAGAUUUUGGAGCUUUUGUUGUACAACCUGAUCAGAUGCAGACUGUUAACCCAAUCCUGAUCCUUGUUCUGGUGCCCAUCAUGGACAGUAUUGUGUAUCCACUGAUUGCAAAAUGCAACCUUAACUUCAGCCCACUGAAGAGAAUAACUGUGGGGAUGUUCCUGGCCGCCCUUGCCUUCGUAGCAGCUGCUCUGGUUCAGUUACAGAUCGAUCAAUCACUGCCCAAGUUCCCAACAGCCACUGAGUCCCAGGCCAAGUUUAUCAACAUGAUGAGCACUCCUAUAACUGGACAGGCUGGGGAGUUUCCACUGAAUCUACAGCCUUAUAAGGCCUCUCCAGAUUAUAAUACAUUCACUAAUUCAUUCACAUUGACCGUGGAUGGUGCUUCCUCUGUGGUCACUUUAGCCGAUGGCACACGUAACACUUUGGUCAUAAUCAAGGACGGCGUGUCACCCAGGCACAUUUCGUUCGAGGACAUCAUAGCCAAACCGGAUCAGGGCAAAAAUGCUAUGAGAUUCUUCAAUGGAUAUGGUUCUGCACUUAACAUCACAUCUGGUGAAUUGGAAUUUGGAGACGUUGUGCCCCUUAACAUGUCAGAAUAUCGCAAUGUAGAUUAUGGAAAAGCAAAGUUUAGGAUCCUUGAUGAAGCAACCAUGGCAGCGUGUGAUUAUGAACAGACACUGGACUUUGGCAGUUCUUUCACUUUGCUCAUCCCACCAACUUUGAAAUUUGGACAAGUGUGUGAGGGCAUCGAACAAGUGAUGGACAUACAGCCUAACAGCAUCCAUAUGGCCUGGCUCAUCCCUCAGUACUUCCUCAUCACUGCAGGGGAGGUGGUCUUCUCUGUCACUGGGUUAGAGUUCUCCUACUCUCAAGCUCCCAGUAACAUGAAAGCAGUGCUGCAGGCUGGCUGGCUGCUAACCGUCGCCGUUGGUAACAUCAUUGUGCUGAUUGUUGCUGAGGCGGCCACACUUCCUGAUCAGUGGGCAGAGUAUAUUCUUUUCGCCUCCCUGCUGGUUGUGGUGUGCAUUAUCUUCGCUAUCAUGGCCUACUUCUACACCUACAUCGACCCAGCCAAGAUCGAAGCCCAGUUUUCUGAGCCAGAUGAUGAGAAGAAAAGGAGAAGUUUGGAGAUGGUGAAGAGGGACUCCAUAGAGCACCACAAUGAGAAGAGGAAAUUCUCAGAUCCUGACAACAUCUUCCAGACCAAAAUGUGA